AGCUGUUUAUAAUUUAUAUAUCAUACAACAUAAUAAUCAUAUUAUAGUUAUUUAUUAUAAAAUACAAUUUUUAAUUUAUUUUAUUUUAAAUUUUGCAAAUUAACUUGCGGCUUAUAAUGCGCUGACUGCGAAUCAAUAUUUUACUCAUUUUCCUAGUCUUUAUCUACAGUAUUGAAAGUUUUGAAUAGAAUGUCAAAUUUAUGUAGAGAUGAUUUUGACUCGGGCCCAAGAAACGUUUUUGCUGUUGAAGAUAGAUUGUGGCUUGGAAAUUUGACUGCAGCAGUAGACAUAACAUUUUUGAGAAAUAAUAAUAUCAACUAUAUAGUCACAGUCGAUUCUUGUCCUUUGCCAGAAAUGAUAUCUGAUAUAAGAGAUAUUCACAUUAAAUAUAUACAAGUGACUGACAUGGUUGGUGAAGAUCUUCUAAGCUAUUUUGAUAGUUCAUAUGAAUUUAUUAAGACUGGUCAAGAAAAAAGUUCUGUUCUUGUACAUUGUUAUUUUGGAAUAUCUAGAAGUACAACAAUAGUAAUUUCUUAUAUAAUGAAAAAAUAUAAAAUUAGUUUUGAAGAAGCAUUUCAGAAAAUUAAAGAUAAAAAUGUAACUGCCUCGCCAAAUGCAGGGUUCUGUGCUCAACUUUGUUUAUAUGAAACUCUGGGUUGGAAAAUUAACAAAGAUAAUAUGCAGUACAAAAUGUACAGACUAAAAAUUGCCGCUAGAAAAGUAAAAAAAGUCAAAAUACUUCCACAAGACUGUACAGAUGUGAUUAAACGGGAUCCAUCUCUUAUUUCAGCAAAACCUGAUCCAAAAGUUUAUCGCUGCCGAAAAUGCCGAAUUUUAGCAUUGCAGUCAAAUCUAUUACCUCAUUAUAUCAAUGAAAAACUAUCAUGGAAAGAUUCUAAGUGGUCUUCAGCUUAUUUUUCUCAAUCACAACUAUGUUCGGAUACAUACUUUGUUGAGCCAAUAUCUUGGAUGUCAGUGAGUCAAUCUGAGAAUGGAAAAAUUAACUGUCCCAAAUGUUGUUCUAAGCUUGGUUCAUACAGUUGGACUAUGGGAUGUCAGUGUAAGUGUGGUGCCAAAGUAUCUCCUGCAUUUUAUCUUAUACCAUCCAAGGUUGACUAUAGUGGAUUUUUACAAAAUGUUCAAGUUACAAUUUAAAUGAAUCCUAACCAGCUUUACAGUACUAGUGCCAUCAUGGAUGAAAUUUAAAUUUUUAUAUACCUAUUCAUGGUACCAUUAGUCUUUAAUGGCUUAAUUUUUUACACUCGAUACAGGAAAUUAUUUCUAAACAAAAUGAUUUUUUUUAUAUAUCUAAGUAGAUUAUGAGUAUAGAAAUCAAUGAAAAUAUAGUGUCAUUUAUUGAUAAUUAAUAAUUUAUUGUUUAAUGAUAAUUUGAUGAAAACAAUUUUGAUGCUAAUAUUGUGUGCUAUAUUAUGUAUCAAUUAAGCCAAAAUUAAAAAAUAAAAUCAAUACUAUAGGCGAAACUAGAGUUUAGGAUGGGUCCAUAAGAUAAUAAAACUUAUAGACCUGAAUGGGGUCGUCCUCCGCUUCCUUUGCACUGCUAAUGUAAAAAAAUGUAUUCAAUUUACCUAUAUAUUAGGAAAUUAAAAUGUUAAAAGUUGUAAAACAAUAAUUCUGUUACAGCUCACUUUAAUAAAAUUCAUUAAAGUAUUAUUUAAGUUUUCGUGGGUUAAAAAAAAAAUCUGGUUGCCUCUUUCUUCACCCUACAUAAAAUAGUCACCAUUUAAGUGUUUUGUUGAUUUUUAAUUAAAAU